AUGGCCAAUGGUGCGCGCGAUUGCAGCAGGCGUCGUCUCGUCUUGCGGCUCGUGCACUGCUCGGUGGCGCCGCCUGGCGCCUCAUGCCAUCACCUCGGCACAUCCUCGCGCCCCAGCUUGGGCAUCUCUGCGCGCCUUGCGUGGCUUGCCACGCUUGCGACCGCCUGUCGCGGAAGAAGGCUCCCCCUUCUUCCGGUCACCUUGGCUGGCAAGCCACUGCUCCCGAAUGAGGAGCUUCCCGCUAGUGGUGAUGGGCCCCGAGAGAGACUGUGGCUCAUCGUUGUCGAUGACCUCACCUGGCUUGAAUCUCGUGUCAAUCAGUUGCUAAAUGCUCCUAAGGCAUGUCCUGAUGUUGAAGUUUUAGGUGCCACAAGUGAUCAGCACCCAAGACAGUCCAAGAAACAUUUCUUCUAUCCAAAAGUUGGGGGCUGUCUUUACACCUAUAAUUGCGACUAUGACAUUGACACAGUGAAAAUUGUUUUCUUGGAGCCAACUCUGCUUACAAGCUGCAUUUGUCAGACAAGCUGUGCUUUCCAGUUAUCAUACACAAGCAUUGGUUUGUAUUCAUUGUUGAUGUGA